AUGCAAGCUUGCGCCGGACGAUCAGCAAACUCUGCGCGGGGCGGUCAGGAGCAGGGAAGACCGAGGACGAGAGGAACAAGUGCCCCGCACUGUAGCGCGAACAAUGCAAUAUCGCGGCAGAAAAAAUACGAAAAGCAGCGCGACGGCCCAAGUCCUCGAGAGCAAGGAACUACUCCAGGAAGAGGAAUCUCGUGCUGGCUCGGUAACUGCACUUGUGUCAUCCCUGCUGUUCAUCACGAAGUGUACUUCCGUUGUAAGCGAUUUCGUUUUGGACCACUGACUGCUGUUGAAUCUUCGAUCAGUGUGUGCAAGAACAUAUCAAGUGUAAAAGUGUCUGGGUAUGGAAGACGCCCAGAAAAGCGCCGCAAAUGCAUGCUUUUUAUUUGCGUGAGAUUUGCGCGAGAUUUGCGCGAGAUUUCCAAAAAUAUUAGGAAUAUUGCCAAAUCCGUUGAAAGUUCCUGAAUAUUAACAAUAUUGCCAAGGCGGGCAGCUUCUUGAGGCGAGAACCCCCUCCGUGAAUAUUUUCAAGUAUAUUCGCCAAGAAAUAUUCCUGAAUAUUAAUAAUAUUGCCAGCUCGGGCAGCUUUUUGAGGCGAGAACCCCCCCCGUGAAUAUUUUCAAGCAUUUUCGCCAAUAAAUAUUCCUGAAUAUUAAUAAUAUUGCCAAAUCGGGCAGCUUUUUGAGGCGAGAACCCCCUCCGUGAAUAUUUUCAAGCAUAUUCGCCAAUAAAUAUUCCUGCAUAUUAAUAAUAUUGCCAAAUCGGGCAGCUUUUUGAGGCGAGAACCCCCUCCGUGAAUAUUUUCAAGUAUAUUCGCCAANCACGUCUGUAGUCAUUCUUGUGUACUAGCUGCGCUGACAACUCUUGACCCAGUUCUUACUCCAGCAAUGGCAGGAAGACCGCUGUCGCCCCUCUUCGCGUCCGCCCUGCCGGUCGCGGCCACAAUGGAAUGCAAGCUUGCGCCGGACGAUCAGCAAACUCUGCGCGGGGCGGUCAGGAGCAGGGAAGACCGAGGACGAGAGGAACAAGUGCCCCGCACUGUAGCGCGAACAAUGCAAUAUCGCGGCAGAAAAAAUACGAAAAGCAGCGCGACGGCCCAAGUCCUCGAGAGCAAGGAACUACUCCAGGAAGAGGAAUCUCGUGCUGGCUCGGUAACUGCACUUGUGUCAUCCCUGCUGUUCAUCACGAAGUGUACUUCCGUUGUAAGCGAUUUCGUUUUGGACCACUGACUGCUGUUGAAUCUUCGAUCAGUGUGUGCAAGAACAUAUCAAGUGUAAAAGUGUCUGGGUAUGGAAGACGCCCAGAAAAGCGCCGCAAAUGCAUGCUUUUUAUUUGCGUGAGAUUUGCGCGAGAUUUGCGCGAGAUUUCCAAAAAUAUUAGGAAUAUUGCCAAAUCCGUUGAAAGUUCCUGAAUAUUAACAAUAUUGCCAAGGCGGGCAGCUUCUUGAGGCGAGAACCCCCUCCGUGAAUAUUUUCAAGUAUAUUCGCCAAGAAAUAUUCCUGAAUAUUAAUAAUAUUGCCAGCUCGGGCAGCUUUUUGAGGCGAGAACCCCCCCCGUGAAUAUUUUCAAGCAUUUUCGCCAAUAAAUAUUCCUGAAUAUUAAUAAUAUUGCCAAAUCGGGCAGCUUUUUGAGGCGAGAACCCCCUCCGUGAAUAUUUUCAAGCAUAUUCGCCAAUAAAUAUUCCUGCAUAUUAAUAAUAUUGCCAAAUCGGGCAGCUUUUUGAGGCGAGAACCCCCUCCGUGAAUAUUUUCAAGUAUAUUCGCCAAUAAAUAUUCCUGAAUAUUAAUAAUAUUGCCAACUCGGGCAGCUUUUUGAGGCGAGAACCCCCUCCGUGAAUAUUUUCAAGUAUAUUCGCCAAUAAAUAUUCCUGAAUAUUAAUAAUAUUGCCAACUCGGGCAGCUUUUUGAGGCGAAAACCCCCUCCGUGAAUAUUUUCAAGUAUAUUCGCCAAUAAAUAUUCCUGAAUAUUAAUAAUAUUGCCAACUCGGGCAGCUUUUUGAGGCGAAAACCCCCUCCGUGAAUAUUUUCAAGUAUAUUCGCCAAUAAAUAUUCCUGAAUAUUAAUAAUAUUGCCAACUCGGGCAGCUUUUUGAGGCGAAAACCCCCUCCGUGAAUAUUUUCAAGUAUAUUCGCCAAUAAAUAUUCCUGAAUAUUAAUAAUAUUGCCAACUCGGGCAGCUUUUUGAGGCGAAAACCCCCUCCGUGAAUAUUUUCAAGUAUAUUCGCCAAUAAAUAUUCCUGAAUAUUAAUAAUAUUGCCAACUCGGGCAGCUUUUUGAGGCGAAAACCCCCUCCGUGAAUAUUUUCAAGUAUAUUCGCCAAUAAAUAUUCCUGAAUAUUAAUAAUAUUGCCAACUCGGGCAGCUUUUUGAGGCGAAAACCCCCUCCGUGAAUAUUUUCAAGUAUAUUCGCCAAUAAAUAUUCCUGAAUAUUAAUAAUAUUGCCAACUCGGGCAGCUUUUUGAGGCGAAAACCCCCUCCGUGAAUAUUUUCAAGUAUAUUCGCCAAUAAAUAUUCCUGAAUAUUAAUAAUAUUGCCAACUCGGGCAGCUUUUUGAGGCGAAAACCCCCUCCGUGAAUAUUUUCAAGUAUAUUCGCCAAUAAAUAUUCCUGAAUAUUAAUAAUAUUGCCAACUCGGGCAGCUUUUUGAGGCGAAAACCCCCUCCGUGAAUAUUUUCAAGUAUAUUCGCCAAUAAAUAUUCCUGAAUAUUAAUAAUAUUGCCAACUCGGGCAGCUUUUUGAGGCGAGAACCCCCUCCGUGAAUAUUUUCAAGUAUAUUCGCCAAUAAAUAUUCCUGAAUAUUAAUAAUAUUGCCAACUCGGGCAGCUUUUUGAGGCGAAAACCCCCUCCGUGAAUAUUUUCAAGUAUAUUCGCCAAUAAAUAUUCCUGAAUAUUAAUAAUAUUGCCAACUCGGGCAGCUUUUUGAGGCGAAAACCCCCUCCGUGAAUAUUUUCAAGUAUAUUCGCCAAUAAAUAUUCCUGAAUAUUAAUAAUAUUGCCAACUCGGGCAGCUUUUUGAGGCGAAAACCCCCUCCGUGAAUGUUUUCAACUCAAGCACAUUCGCGAACAUACUCGAAAAUAUUCACGGAGGGGGUUCCCGCCUCAAAAAGCUGCCCGACGGAUUUGGCAAUAUUCCUACUAUUUUCUAAAUCUCGCGCAAAUCUCGCGCAAAUCUCACGUAAAUAAAAGCGACGCACUUCCGGCGCUUUUCUGGGCGUCUUCCAUACCCAGACACUUUUACAUUUGAUAGAACAUCGAUCCAAAAUUGUGUGUGCCUUAUUCGACAUCUUCUAGCACUCCGUCGACUUCGACGGACUUCUGA